UUAAUAAUGAACCUCCUCAAGCCUGUUACCAGCGAUAGUGAUUUGAUAAAACUAGCUGAUGUAGUAGGGGUGAGAAUCGAUGCGAUUUAUGACAAUUUAGAAAUUAAUACUCCGCUUCCAAAGUCAGGGUCAUACCUUAUACUCUUACGUAAAACAGCUGAUAUUGGUCACUGGGUGGCGUUGCAUAAUGGAUUCUACUUCGAUUCAAUGGGAGAGGCUCCUCCGACUCAGUAUGGAAUUCAAAAAUACAAUGAGGUGCAAUAUCAGAGUACAUAUGGUGACUAUUGCGGAAUCUGGUGUCUACUCAAAACAGAAAAAUCGACCAAGACUUCUAACAGGGUUUCACGAUUUAAAUAUCAAAGUAUUAUGAGUUCAAUAAUAUAA